GAAAACCGUUAUAGAAGAACUACUUCGACUCAACAUCGGCGCCUCUGUCUAUUUCCGCACAAGGACGGACGGUGUGCAGUUCUCGGACUCUCAUCACUAGUAGAUCACGCCAUGGCCAGGGCCCGGAUGUGGGUUCCAUUUACAGUGUUGAUUGCUGCUGUGAUGAUUUUCCUUACGACUUCAGAAUUCCAGUUUCUGCAUUGGCCGAAUGCUGAAAUGCCAUUGGCGUCUCCAAACAAGGCGACUGUUAUGUCUCCAAACAAGGCGACUGUACGUGUGACGUCUCCAAACAACGCGACUGUACGUGUGACGUCUCCAAACUACGCGACUGUGACGUCUCCAAACGACGCGACUGUGACGUCCCCAAACAACGCGACUGUGACGUCUCCAAACGACGCGACUGUGACGUCUCCAAAAAACGCGACUGUGACGUCUCCAAACAACGCGAUUAUGACGUCUCCAAACGACGCAUCUGUGACGUCUCCAAACAAGCCGACUGUAUGUGUGACGUCACCAAACAACGCGACUGUGACGUCUCCAAACAACGCGACUGUGACGUCACCAAACAACGCGACUGUGACGUCUCAAAACAAGCCGACUUUGACGUCUCCAAACCACGCGACUGUGACGUCUCCAAACGACGCGACUGUGACGUCUCCAAACGACGCGACUGUGAUGUCUCCAAACAACGCGACUGUGACGUACCCAAACGACGCGACUGUGACGUCUCAAAACAAGCCAACUUUGACGUCUCCAAACGACGCGACUGUGACGUCUCCAAACAACGCGACUAUGACGUCUCCAAACGACGCGACUGUGACGUCUCCAAACAAGCCGACUGUAUGUGUGACGUCACCAAACAACGCGACUGUGACGUCUCCAAACAACGCGACUGUGACGUCUCCAAACGACGCGACUGUGACGUCUCUAAACAACGCGACUGUGACGUCUCCAAACAACGCGACUGUGACGUCACCAAGCGACGCGACUGUGACGUCUCCAAACGACGCGACUGCAACGAUCACGUGUCCAAACAAAACAAACGCGGUCGUUUUGAACAGAGACCAGGGCUUCUAUCACCUAGGAGACGUUCUCACCGUAAGGGUCGUGGCGAGAGACCAAGAAGGAAGGCCGAAGACGUACGGAGGAGACUUUUUCCGUGCCAGACUCGUCAGCAGUGACCGCUCGAUACUGGCAAGUAGCGCCGGUCACGUCACGGACCACCGUAACGGCACAUACACGGUGCAGUUACCGCUCUACUGGGCAGGGAACGUUUCGAUAAAGAUCCAGCUUGUUCAUCCAAGCGAGGCAGUGAAGGUUCUACAGAGAGUCCGAGAAAUUCCAAACAAGAGAAUUUUCUACUGCAUCUUCGUCGACCCGAAUAACACGAAGGCCUAUUAUACAAGGCAAUGUUUCAGUUCUGCUAACCCCAGCCUACCAUCCCACCAACAGUGCGACCUCUCAAAGCCGGAGGUGAACGGGACCUGGAUUUGUAAGAAGCCGGAAAAACUUCCGUGUUCCACCGUCUCAAAGUGUUGGUGGGACUCGGGCAGGAGCAGGACAAAUGUGCUGGGACUUGUUACCAACGAGAAUAAGAACAUUUUCAAAAAGCCAUAUCUUGAAGAGGAACUUGAAGUGAACCCCAAGGAGCCCAUACAUGUUCUUGAGGCAGAACCGUCCACAUCUCAACACAUUCCAGCGUGUACCUGGGACAAGUCUGCAGCUUUGGGACAUUGGUCAGGCAAGGUCUGGACGUCAUCCGUCUGCAAUGUCCGAGUGUUCACUAAGAAAGCCAUCCAGUGGUGCCUGGCUAACAAGACCGUGUUCAUGCAAGAAAACUAG